AAAAUCCCUCAUUUCCUUCUAACACUGGAUAAGCCUCUCUUUUCUCCCUUUCCCUUCAAUUCCAAACCAAAACCUCUCUUCACAGGUUCCCAUUAUGGUUUAACCUUAAAACUCCCAAGUUUCCAAAACCCAAGCUUUCCCAAAAAUCUGCCUUCUUUUUCGUAUAUUGAUAUAUAGGCGAUAAUACAUAAACAGAUAGCUUUUUUUGUUUUUUUUUUUAAAAAAACUAAUGGCUGCAGUUAGUUCACUGUCUUUAUCGGCUAUUGGUCAAACUUCCGGCGACAGAAAAGUCAAUGUCCCAUCGGCUCGUUACUUGGCUUCCAAUUUUGAAGGUUUGCGUUUCCGUACAAGUGUCUUAUAUCAUUCCGUCGGUGUUCGAGCUUCGGCUUCCGCUUCUCCUUCCGUUGUUCACUGCAUGUGUGCUGCUACUGAUGUCCCAACUGUCUCUGAAACAAAGUUGAAUUUUUUGAAAGCAUAUAAACGACCCAUCCCAAGUGUGUACAACACGGUCUUGCAGGAGCUGAUUGUGCAGCAACAUUUGAUGAGGUACAAGUGGACGUACCGUUAUGAUGCCGUUUUCGCCCUUGGUUUCGUCACGGUAUAUGAUCAAUUGAUGGAAGGAUAUCCAAGUGAUGAGGAUCGAGAUGCCAUCUUUCAAGCUUACAUCAAAGCGUUGAAAGAGGACCCCCAACAGUACAGAAUUGAUGCGCAGAAGUUGGAAGAGUGGGCCCGUUCUCAAACUUCCAGCUCACUAGUUGAGUUUUCGUCAAGAGAUGGAGAAGUUGAGGCGAUACUGAAAGAUAUUGCAGAAAGAGCUGGGCGUAAGGGGAGUUUCAGCUAUAGCCGUUUCUUUGCUGUUGGGUUGUUUCGUCUUCUAGAGCUGGCCAAUGCAACUGAACCUACAGUUUUAGAAAAGCUUUGUGCAGCCUUAAAUAUCAACAAACGAAGUGUGGAUCGGGAUCUUGACGUGUAUAGGAAUCUGCUUUCAAAGCUGGUUCAAGCGAAAGAGUUGCUUAAGGAGUAUGUUGAUAGGGAGAAGAAGAAAAGAGAAGAAAGAUCAGAAUCACAGAAGGCCAAUGAGGCAGUCAAAAAAUGUUUGGGCGAAUACCAAUACGUGGGCCAGUAAUUUGGUUUGUGUACGUGCUCGCAAUGUGCUUACCAUCUUUUGUGAUACUUGAAUCCCGUUUUUGUUUGCGCUGAGGUAGAAGCCGUAACCUCCAUGGUUUAGGCACAAUUUAUCCACUUGUCUACUGUUUUCAAUUUGGUGGUUGAGAUACAUCCCAUAUGUGUAUUACCAAAAUACAGUCCAAAUGUAUCAUUUGUUCAUAGCCCAAUUACUUAUGGCAUCAUAAAACUAUCAUUCCAAUUAAUACUCAAUCACAAGCUUCGAUCUGUAAA